AUGGCUUCCUCAUCUGGCAAUGAUGAUGAUCUCACUAUACCUAGAGCUGCUAUCAAUAAGAUGAUCAAAGAGACUCUCCCCAAUGUCCGGGUGGCCAACGAUGCCCGGGAGCUGGUGGUGAACUGCUGCACUGAAUUCAUUCACCUUAUAUCUUCUGAAGCCAAUGAGAUUUGCAACAAAUCAGAAAAGAAGACCAUCUCACCCGAGCAUGUCAUACAAGCACUAGAAAGUUUGGGCUUUGGCUCUUACAUCAGUGAAGUAAAAGAAGUCUUACAAGAAUGCAAGACUGUAGCAUUAAAAAGAAGAAAGGCCAGUUCUCGUUUGGAAAACCUUGGCAUUCCUGAAGAAGAGUUAUUGAGACAGCAGCAAGAAUUAUUUGCAAAAGCUAGACAGCAACAAGCAGAAUUGGCCCAGCAGGAAUGGCUUCAAAUGCAGCAGGCUGCCCAACAAGCACAGCUUGCUGCUGCCACAGCCAGCGCAUCUAACCAGGCUGGAUCUUCUCAGGAUGAAGAAGAUGAUGAUGAUAUCUGAAAUUUACCAGCUGAGUUUCUAUUUCCUCUAUAAAUGUUUUUCCCUGCACAAGAAAACAGUGAAAGAAAUGCUUAUCUGUAAUUUUGUAUGCAUCUUGGUGGACUUGCCAUUGGUAUUCUAGGGAUGUCUGCUGUUAAGUUUCAUCUAUUGUGUGCUAUUCAUGUAAAAACUGUCUCUUUGAACUAUUGAAAAUUUAAGAUUCAGUAUAAUAUCAAUUUUGAAUUUUUAAUGGUGUUUAUGAAAUUUUAGAUAGCAGUGAGUCCUUUAUUUGAUCAAUAAACAGUGUUACAGAAAACGUCAAGUUUAUAAAAAUACAGUGAAAUUUAUACAGAAACUCUAAAUCUGCAUUUGCAUUUCCUCUGCCCUUUUAACUAGACUAAAAAUUGGGAAUUUUAAAUUAUUGGGGGGAGGGUGUUGUGUAAUGCAGUAGAUGUUAGAUCAGGAUGUGAAAAAACAAAGAGUUCAGUUUUGUAGUAUCUGAAUUUUUUGUCUUUUAAAAUGAGUGUAUAUAUAUAGGCAAUAAAUAUAUAUGCUCAGAUAAAUAUGCUUGUUUAAAAAAAUCUCAAAAUGACAUCCAAAAACUUAGGAAGGAGUAUGUUCAAUAGUAGUUCUAUGAAUUCGGUGGGUUAUGUUUUUGAUUUUGUUUUUGUUUUAUGUAGAGGUAAAAACUACAGUUUUAUUAUGGCAUAAUUCAUCUUGAGCUAUGCUAUUACAUUUCAAAGACUGCCCAAUUUUGAGGACUGUCACGAUUCUUACUAUUUCACUCCAAUAAUUGUUAAUAGUAUUACUUGCUUAGUCCAUCCAUCUUUAUUGGAACUUGUGAAACAAUUGCUUAGGUUUCAUUGGUUUAAUGGAGAUUCAUGAAUAUGAAACCUUUGCUGGGGGAAAGAAAUGAAAGUUAAUAAGCAUGCUUACUAUAAAAGAGGGAUUUUUUUGUAAUUUAACUGAUAGUUAUAGUUUACUUAUUGUUUGUUUUUAGCAUUACUUUUACAUUUUCUUGACUAGAUGGCCUAGAGUGUCCAGUGCUUCCUUUUGAAAUGGCAUCAUUAUCUCCAUCAUAAUUGAGUGAUAGCUUUAAAAAUGAUUGGUUUUAUUUUGUUUAAGAAAGCGUGUCAUAACUGAUCAGCCCUAUAUGAAACAUAAAUAGUUUCAACCUACUCAUUAAAAGGGAGAAGCUUUAAUUUGGUUCCACUAAAUAAAGUAUGGUAGUGAUUUUUAUAGGAAUCCAGUGUAUUGAAGAAAUGGCAUAUUGUUUGUACUUUGGAAACAGAAUGGAAAAGCCACUUUAAGAUAGUAUAAUCUAAAUUCCUAUGUCAGUUGCCAAAUCAUUUAAAUUUGUAUAUUCACCAAGUCCAAGGAUAAAUUGUGGUUGCUGGGAUUCAGUUUUAAUUGGAGAGCUAAAUAAGUAAAGUUUAUAAGUAUUAGAUUUCUUAAAGGUCUUAUUUUGCAGUUUUAGAAAAAGUGAAAUAUUAGCAUACAUUUAUUAAAUACACUUCCCCCAUGCCAUGAAAAGGUUAAUUUUGCUGAAUGUUUUAAGUUGAAGUUGAUAUUGUAUCCAUGAAGUGCUUUGGACAAGAUAGAAGGGGUUGUUUUUUUAAAAGUUUAAGUACCAAAGGUAGUCUAGUCUAAGAAAUAAUAAGUUAAUAAGUGUUGGCUUUUCUAAUUUGUACUGUAACAUCCUUAUUCUUUCUAUUUUAAGUAUAUCUGUUUCUUAAGUAAACAACUUAGAUAUUUUUCCACUUUUUUUUCCCUGAUGCAGAGUUCAGGUUAAUUAAUAUUUUACUGCAUCUGAUAAUGUAUUAUAUGUUUGAAGCCUAGUGACUUUUCAUUUUGACAUUCUUGUGAUUUCAUAUGCUGUAUUCUUCAAGCAAUAAAAUCUGAUGUGUUUUAUAAA